CCUUCUCGAGCAGCAUGGCGAACGAGACACAAUCGGAAGGCGGGAUAAUAGGCAAGGACAGCAGCGUCGCUGUUGCGAUCAUUCUGCCUUCGCUGUUCGCUCUCAUUCUGUUCAUUCUGCUCACAAUAGCCUGUCUCCUGCCGAAAUGCACAGGCGAAGAGAGCGAGGCAACGAAAGAGCAGCGCCGCAAGAAGCGCCUGGAGAAGCUCGAGAACAGCAUCAAAGCUGAACACUUCCUCGACUGGGCGAAGAAGGAGCGGAAAGAGCACCCUGAGGUGCCUUUCACGACCAUGCUAUGCGUCAUAUGUCUCGAAGAGUUCGACGAUGCCGCCCAGAUUCGCGGGCUCGGUUGCCACCACGUCUUCCACCAAGAAUGCCUCGACGACUGGUUUGGCAGAUGGAACGAGUACUGCCCGCUCUGCCACCGCCCCAUAAUACCAGGCACCCGGCCGUCGAAGAAAGAGAGGAACGCGAACGAGCCGCCGCCCGUGGCCUUCAUGGUGUGAUUCACGCGACGAUGCUUCUAUGAUACCCCCUUUCCUUACUUCAACAACCAUGUCGGCGAGCGUUCUACGACAGCGCGAGGAAAUAAUGCACACUGGACGUGGACAGAGCUCUAUUUGCGGGUAAAGGGCAGGCGCAGCCGGAGAGUGAAUGGCACGUGUGGGCGGGGCUGCUGGACCCCACCACCCACUUCCCGAGGUUUGGCGCUUCCGACGGUUAAGAUGUGGCGUGCAUCGAGAACGUCUUGGCAGCGGGAAGGGCUCGUUUAUCCUUGCCUGGGAUCGGCAGCCGCUGCGGGAAUUGCUCGGAGCGGAUCCGACGGCAUGCGGGCACGCGGCGGCAGUGGG